CUCAGUGACUUCAGCGCAGCACUCGCAGCAAUCAGCUGUUCUCAAUGUAUUUAAGGUUGUGCCAUGGUGUAGUCAAACACAUGUGUACACCUACACAGUUUUCCAGAGCGCACGCAGAAUGCAGAUAACGUAGCUUAUACUAUAAGUACAUACUGUACUGUAGAUUUAUAGAUGCAUUGGCUUAAUAUACAACCAGACUCAAUCAGUUGUUCUUGUUCAAUGUUCGUCGCGUAUGCAAAUUUUGGGAGAACCAAAACGGUAACCAAGUGUCUUGAUUAUUUUUAGUGAUGCAUCGGAUCUGCUCCGCCAAACGAUACUGAACGCUGCAAUUAUAUUGCAAUGAACCGUCGUUACGCAGUGAAAUGCCGUUCUUCGACUUGCACCUCGGCACAAUAACUAAACAGAGGACAUUUGGUCUUCCCGUCUGCUCUGGUAGACAUUUUCAUUUUCAUCACUUUUUACUAAAUUGUCUCGUUAGAAGCUAAUUGUUCGUGUAUAAUAAUAGUCACUUUGAGCUGGCAACGUUCGUAGUAAAUUUUAUCAUUUUAAAUUUGCAAAGUAUCUUUCUAUUUCCGUCCGAGUGAUCUUUCUUUAAUGCAACUUUGCCCGAUUCUUAGUUAGUCUCAUCUCAUAUGUACGUAUACGUACGUGAUAACGUUGUUCUGGUCACCGAUUGAACAAAAUGCGACGAAACAGAUCUAAUGUCUUUCGCGAUAUAUAUAAUCAGCCCUGUAAUGAAAAUACAAGGGUCAAGCUGUACAACAGUAGCAAAUCAAGUCUCCAGCUGGUACAACGUAUGUCAUUGUUAAAAAGACUCAAGGUUCAUUAUGGUUGUGUAAACUCUAUCUGUUGGAAUAAUACUGGAGAACUAAUUUUAUCUGGUAGUGAUGAUCAACAUUUAGUUCUAACAAAUACAUACAAUUAUCAAGUACUUACAAAUUACAAAACUAGUCAUAAAGCAAAUAUAUUUAGUGCCAAAUUCUUGCCCAAUAACGGAGAUCAUCGUAUCGUUUCCUGUAGCGGGGAUGGUAUCAUUUUAUACACAGACUUAAUGAGGAAAACAGAAACUUUUAAUAACCAGUUCACUUGUCAUAGUGGAACAACAUAUGAAAUAGCAACAAUUCCUACUGAACCACAUAGUUUUUUAAGUUGCGGAGAAGAUGGUACUGUGAGGUGGUUUGAUCUACGUAUCAAAGAUAAAUGCAAUGCUACUAGAUGUAAAGAGGAUAUCCUUAUCUUAUGUCAAAAAGCAAUAACUGCAUUGUCAGUCAAUCCAGUAUUGUCACAUCAAAUUGCAAUAGGAUGUUCUGAUAGCACAGUAAGAACAUUUGAUAGAAGAAUGCUUAGAACACCAGCAACUGGUUGGGUAGACAAUGGUAUUAAUGGUAAGCCAUUGUGCACUUUUACUGUUCCUGAAUUUGAAGGUAAUUCCUGUAGGAUCACAUCUCUUAGUUAUAGUCCUGAUGGACAUGAUGUACUUGUCAGUUAUAGUAGUGACCAUCUCUACUUGUUCAGCCUAAAAGAACAAGGUAGUACACAAUUGAAAAAAGAAUUGAUGUCAGGUAAAAAUAAAGGUAAAAAACCACCCCUUAGAUCUCCACAGCCUGUUCGACGUUUAAGAUUACGUGGUGAUUGGUCUGAUACGGGACCCGAUGCUAGACCAGAACGAGAAGGUGGUCGACAUAGUGGAACAGAGAUAGCUCAAGCACGGCCAGUUCUACACACUUCUUUAAUGCAACGAAUGACUGAUGUACUAAGUAGAAUGCUAAAUGAUCCAGCAACUAGAGCUGCUCUAAGCAGUGCUGGUGACGAGAGUAUUGAAAAUGUUAUUGAUCAACAAAACAUAAUUAAUAGAACCGUCAAUAAUAAUGAGGAUACCAAUCAGGAAAACUCUAGUAACCAAAUAGAGAUAAGCAAUGGUGUAGAGAAUGAAUUAGCAUCUACGAAUACUGAAUCAACUAAUACGUUGGAAAUAAAUCCAGAAAUUGCAGAAAAUUCUCAACUUGCAGCCAACGAAGCCAAUGAUCAAGAUAAUCCUACUCUAGAUUCUUCUUAUGUCGAUGAGCUACCAGUGCCUAUGGAUAUUGAACAUAAUCAAUCAGAAGAAAGAAGCUCUGAAGUAUUAUCUUUGAUCCAUAGCGAACCACAUAUGGAAUCUAUCAAUGUACAAAAUUCCAAUGAAACUGAAUCUCCUACUGUCGAAAGUAAUUCUAGUAGUAGCAAUAUGAUGGAAAAUUUACAAGAUAGAUUAACUACUAUGAGAGAUGGAUUCCUUGAAAGACAUGGUACUGAACCAGCUGUAAAAUUGACAUAUUCAGAUAAAAGUUCUACUAGUGCUACAAUUUCUCUAGGUGUUGCAGAUGAAGUAACAAGAGAUGGAUAUCAACCUGAAGCAUGUGUAGGACCUUCCAGCAGUAAUUAUUCUGCUCCGGGACCAAGUAAUUCCAACUUCAAGCCUCCUACCUGUAGGAUAACCCAUGAAGCAGCCACAGAUGAAGAUGUUUAUAAUGACAGUGAUGAUGAAGAUUUCGAUGAAGACAGGCGUGCAAUCAAUCCUAUUGAAACAGAAAUGGAUGAAGCUAUAGAGAAUGUUAGAGCAGCCCAAGGUUUAGACAGUUUAGAUGAUAAUUGUUUAUCGGAUCUUCAAGUAAAACAAAAGUAUAUGGGACAUCGCAAUGCAAGGACGAUGAUUAAGGAAGCCAAUUUCUGGGGCAACGAUUUUGUGAUGUCGGGAAGCGACUGCGGCCACGUAUUCAUCUGGGAUCGCGAAUCAGCAAAGCUUUGUAUGCUCCUUGAAGCAGAUCAACACGUUGUUAAUUGCGUACAACCUCAUCCCUUCCUACCUAUGUUAGCCACCUCUGGCAUCGAUUAUGACGUCAAACUGUGGGCUCCCAUUAAUGAAGAGUCGAAUUUUGAUGAGAAGUUUGCUGAAGAUUUGAAAAAAAGGAAUGCCGUUAUGCUUGAAGAAACCAAAGAUACAAUUACCGUACCAGCGGUUUUCAUGAUAAGGAUGCUGGCCUGUCUUAAUCAAAUAAGAAGAGGCCGAGGUCGACAUGCAAGAAGAAGUGGAGAUGAAGAUUGUCCGUAAUAAAAUUAUUGGUGAAAGACAUUUAAAAAAUAAGUUAACGAUGGUUAUUAAAAAAAAACUAUUUACUGAUAAAUUUACAAUUGAAUUGUCAAAUAAUUAAUAAUUAAAAUGCAAUAAGUUUUGGUAAUGAUAAAUAGAUAAACGAAAGUAUUUAUUUUAAAAUAACACUUUUCAACAUAUCAUUGACGACAUGAUCUUACUCGUAUAUAUACGCUGAUUUUGUUAAAGCGAUUACAAUAGUUCAAAUAUAUAACUGUAAUUACAAAAUAUCCUACGAUCUUAGGUGCAAUAUUAUAUUCGUUUGUCACUAUAAUUAAGAUUUAAUUUGAUUUUUUUAAAUAUAUUUGGAAUCUUGUUGAAUUACUAUAUUUUAUUCUGCAGACAACUUUUAAUGAAAAAAUAUGUGCCUUAUGUUUUAUAAAAAUAUGAAUAUCUAUUCUCUUUAUUGAAUCAUAUUAUACUAUACAUAUCCCGAAGGAUUUGAUAAUUUCUAUAUGUCGUUAAAUUUGUGCAAUUAUUACAGAAAUUAUGUUUUUAGAUCAAGUUAUUUCUUUUUAAUUUUUUUUGUUAACUAACAAAAAGAUUUAAAAAAUAAUCAUUGUAGGUCCUUUAUUUUCAAAUACGUUGUGAUUUUCUUGAAUUUAAAACUAAUACAUGUAAUAUACAAAAUACUGAAAUCAACUAUUCUAAAUUCAGUGUUAAACUAGAUAUAUUUAAUCUCCUAAAUUAAUUCAAUGAAAAUAGGCAUAGUUUAUUAAUAUUACUUUCUAAAGUAGUUGAACGUUUUAAAUAGCCUUGUAGCAUUUGCCAGAAUUAUAAAACCUAUUCAACUAUAUUUCAAAAUAAAAAAUUUUCAAAAUCUGCAUUAUGACGUUUGUAAAUAAUAAUUUUGUGGACUUGUUUUAUUUAAUAUGAAGUAUAAAAAUGCUACUUGAUACGUUUUGGCGCAUAAUACAUACAGUGAAAAUAUUUUCAAAUAAUAUCUGCGAAUAUUGUACACUAAUGUGUAAAAGGUGCCUCCAUGGAAAGUAAUUGAGGAGUUGUAAGUAAAACAUGUUUGCAAAUCUAUUGUGUAAAUAGUUAAUAAGCUGAACAAAAUAAAACUUAAUUUAUACAUUGUAGUCUUUCAGAUUUUUGUCACUCUUUCAUCCUUAUUUUUAUAUAAUAUUCGGUUUGUAAUUUUCUUUAUAAUUUUAUAUUUGAAACGAUUGAAAUUUUCGCGAAUUCAGGUAGUUGAAACUUGUUAAAUUAAUUUUUCAUAUUGAUGUUAUUUUUAGUAAAUUUUAUAGACGUUAUUGCCUUCUAUAUAAUAAAACUCAUCACUUUCCGAACGAAGCAUCACAUGAGCGAUCUUUAGUAUGUAAGA